AUGACUUCUACAGCCGCGGCAGGAGCGGCGGGACGGGUCGACGAGGAAGCCGUAGGUGCGAGGGCGAUCAAGACAAGCCCACCACGCCGUGGUGAAAAGAGCAAGACUAUGAACGGCAAGAACAGCACCGGCGCCUUGCUGACCUGCGAGAGCCCGCUGUGCAAUAAGACCCCGUCUUUUGCGCACCGGGGUCAGACGCGGCGGCGCUUCUGCAAGCGCCACGCGUGGCCGGGUAUGCAGAACGUGUACUACAAGUACUGCGAUGCGGAUUCGGGGCGGUGCCCCGAGCGAGCAUCGUACGAGUCGGCCGGAAAAUUGCGAUGCCUGCAGCACUGCGAGCCCGAGAUGCGGCCGAGGAACAACAUCUGCCAGGUUGAGGGCGGGGGUUGCGACCGGCAGUCGUCAUUCGGGGCGAAGGGCGGGAAGCCUGUCCUUUGCACGCUGCACAAAGGAGCGGGGAUGGUGCAGGUGCGCACAAAGACGUGCAGGCACCCAGGGUGCGAGAAGACCCCGAGCUACGGCUUUCCGUGCAAGUCACGCGAGUACUGCAAGCCGCACGCGCUCGAGGGCAUGGUCUACAACGCGGGGAGAAGGUGCCGCUUUCGCGGGUGCGUCGCGCCCGGAGCGUUCAACUACCCCGGGGUCACCCGCGGAGGAUCUUUCUGCGAUGACCACAAAGAGGAAGGCAUGGUGGACAACACGCCGACGCAGUGCGAGGCUGAAGGGUGCAGCUACUCGGCCAGCUUCGGCGAUAUGGGGCAGCGGACGAGACGGUUUUGCGCCAGACACAAACUGGCGGGGAUGCUGAGCUACCAGGAAUUGUGGGCCACGCAAACUGACGCCUCCAGCCCCCCAAGAACUACCGCCACUUCGGCGGCGGCAACGGCAACAGCGGCGGGCAUGGUUCAUCUGUCGGCGGCGGCACUGGCGACUGCAUCGGCAACGUACACCGCGGCCGAGAGAGAAGAAGGGAUCGACCCGCUCGCGGACGGGCUUGGACCAAUCGGCGCAGAAAACGGCGCAGCAGAAUCUGUCCCGAUGACGGUUGGAGAACGAAGCAGAGGGAAUCAAGGGGCCGCCACCACCGAUGAUUCCGCAACAACGAGUGCUGAUGCUGUUGGCGCUGGCGUUGGCGGUGCUGGUUGUAGUGCUGAUUCUGCUGUUGCUAAUUUUGGCGCUGUUUCCGAUGCUCCGACGGAAGAGAUGUCUGCCGAGGUCGCAACCGCUCGGAGCAGCAGCGCUGCUCAACCAGGGAAGAGACCACGCGAAGACACGGCGCCAGACGGGCAUGGCAGCAUACUGUAG